AUGGUCAACACAGCAAUCAGCCCCAACAAGAGGAGUGGUGCAUCCCCACCAGGAAGAGUGGCGGGCAGCAGGAAUGAGGGAUCUAAGCUGGAACCUGAGCCAAGUACAAAGACAAGAGAAUCCACAUCCUCUGAGAAAGUUUCACAGAAUCCUUCAAAAGACUCUGAAGAAACACUUGCCACUGAAGAGCAUCCAGAAAAGAWUUUGACCGAAGAAGCACAACCUGAAUUAGGAACCUGGGGAGAUGGCAAAGGUGAAGAUGAAUUAUCCCCAGAAGAAAUACAAAUGUUUGAACAAGAAAAUCAGCGGUUAAUUGGGGAAAUGAACAACUUAUUUGAUGAAGUAAGGCAAAUCGAAGGGAGAGUGGUUGAAAUCUCCAGACUCCAAGAGAUAUUCACGGAAAAGGUUUUGCAACAGGAAGCCGAGAUUGAUAGCAUUCACCAGUUAGUGGUAGGAGCAACUGAAAACAUCAAGGAGGGCAAUGAGGACAUACGAGAGGCCAUUAAGAACAACGCUGGUUUCCGCGUGUGGAUCCUCUUCUUCCUGGUGAUGUGUUCCUUCUCCCUUCUCUUCCUGGACUGGUACGACAGCUAGCUGCCACAGGGUCUGCGGCCUUGGCCAAGGAAGAAGYGGGCCACAGAAGAGCAGGGCCUGAUACCCCAUGCCUGCACACCUGCCUGCAGGAAGAGUCUCCAGGAUCACCUGUUUGUAACUGAAAGCCUGCUCCAUGUGGACCAUGUCUGCAUACAGCGUCCAGUAUCCUGGCAUCCUGUGGGGAUGAGCCAGUUCACACCACUCCUCCUCACAAAACACUUGCAUGGACAGUCGUUGGGUGGCACAGGUACCCUUGAGUUCUUUAUUUGCACCAAGUGAAAUGUAGGAAAUUAUUGU